GUGUAGGUGUGUGUUCUUGCCUCCAUUCGUGCCCAGCAGCAGCAGGAGGACGCUGCGCUGCUUCUUGUUCUCUGGUUUUAAACUGAUCUAAUUCUGCAGCUCCUGAUCUGAACAGUGUGGAGUGCUGCUGUUUUUCUGAGGCGAAUCUCCAGAAGAAAAUAACAUGGUGGACUUUCCCUCCAAGGUAACCACGGAGACCAGCUCCCCACAGCCCCAGCAGGGGGCCAGUAGGCUGCGGGGGCUGGCUUCCAGCGCCACCUCCAGGAUGGACGAGUCGUUCCUGCGCAGUGUCCCGGCGGCACUGAUGGCGGCUGAAACGGUGUUGGGCCUGUUGCACUGGGCUCUGAUUGCCGGCGCCCCCUACUGGCACUUCCCCGCCUACGGCUGGGUGAUGUUUGUGGCUGUCGCUCUGUGGAUCCUCACCGUCCUCCUCUUCCUCGUCCUGCUCUUCAGCGUCCCCCAGAGGCUCUCUGCUGUUCCCUGGACCAUGACGGUGAUGAUGUAUAACGGAGUGGCCGCCCUGCUCUACCUCACCGCCUUCCUGACCAACGCCGCCACAGUCUGGAUGUUCAGCGCGUCCUUCCACGGACACAUCGGUGCUGCCGCUUUCUUCGGAGCGGCGCUGACGCUGCUGUACGGCGCCGGAGCUUACGUGUCCUACCUGGACUGGAGGGCCAACGGAGGGGACGCCGCCACCAGCACCGUGCCCACCUAGGACCACCAGAACCAGAACCACCAGAACCAGGCUUUCACAUGGACCAGAAAUCAUCUGAGCUCAGCAAUCCGUCUAAUUCUGCAGAUUCGUCGUCUUGCUUUGAUAGAAAAGGAAACGCUGGAAAUCUUCCUCAACCCGAUGGAGAUCUGAUCGGACCAGAUCAGAACCGAACCACCAACUGGUUCAGAUCUGGUCCGAUUCAUGUUUCGUCACAACUCCAGCUCAGGAAUCAUUUCUCAAACCUUUUCGACCCGUUUGGAUUUUAUUCUCAGAUAAUCCUGAAGCUGAAUGCUGAGUGAAGGUUCACUCCACCGUUUACCGAAUGGACCAGUUCUGUUUACAGGCAGCGACUGACCUUUGACCUGUAACCAGUUCAUUACGGCUCCAUGUCAGUCCAGAUGCUGAAGGUUCUGGAGGAAACGGGGAAUUUAUCCUCCAGGAUCAAAAUGUUUAAAUUUGAAUCAUAAAAACUUUUUAAUUCCCAGAAAUGAUUUUUUUAAUCUGAAAUCAGAGAAACUGAAUUAUGUUUUAAUAAUUAACCACAUCUUAAAGAUGAUCACAGCAAAUUUCAGCCACUCUGAAAACUCUGUGGAAGGACGACCUCAGGCUCAGAUUUUAAAAUGAAAUAAAAAUCUAUGAAUAAAACCAGUAAAACAAAAGAAAGAUGGCAGCUUGAUGAUAAAAGUUUCAAUAAUUUGUGUUUAGAUCAAAUGUUUGGUUUAUUUUUCCUUCAUUUUAAAUGAAAAUGUUUGUUUACACAAAAGGUUCUGAUCCAGACCUUCAUGUUUUCAUUCAUGUUUUCAUUCAAGUUUUCAUUCAUGUUUUCAUUCAAGUUUUCAUUGUAAUCAGAUUUUUAAAGCUCUUUUCAUGAAACAUAUUUACAAUAAAGGUCUCUAAGCUUUCAGUCAA